CUUUUCUACGGAAAGUCUACAGCAUUUUUUCCACUCAAGUUCUUUUGACCACAGUCACAUCUGCAAUUUUUCUGUACUCUCCUGGAGUGAAGGCAUUUGUUCAUGAAAGGCCCUUCUUGCUUUUGAUAUCUGCAUUUGGAUCUUUGGCUAUGAUCAUAGCACUGGCCCUCUGCAAACACAAGCAUCCCAUUAAUUUAUACCUGCUUUUUGGAUUUACCCUGCUGGAAGCACUGGCAGUUGCCAUGACAGUGACUUUCUAUGAUGUGUCCGUUGUCUUGCAAGCCUUUAUUCUUACUACUGCUGUAUUUCUUGGACUGACUGCAUACACCUUGCAGUCAAAGAGGGACUUCAGCAGAUUUGGAGCAGGCCUCUUUGCUUGUUUGUGGAUUUUAAUCCUCUUGAGUUUGUUGAGGGUGUUUUUCUAUAGUGACACAAUAGAUUUGGUGAUUGCUGCUGCCGGAGCUCUUCUGUUCUGUGGGUUUAUUAUUUAUGACACUCAUUUGCUGAUGCACAAAUUAUCCCCUGAAGAGUACAUACUGGCUGCAGUCAGCCUCUACUUGGACGUCAUCAAUCUGUUCUUACACCUGCUGCAUUUGCUGACAGAAUUUAAUAAAAAAUAG